AUCCGCCUCACGGUUCCCCCGAAGCGGCAGGCUGCAUUUCACCAAGAUGGGACGACAUUAGCACUUUCCGAAAGGGGAAAUAACAAGGUUUCCAAUUGUAGCAGCGCGGGUUGAAGCUCACCAUGUCUCUCACUUUGCUUCUGAAGAAAGUUUCCAACCUGAGCGGGAGGUAUGACCGCCAGGUGCACAUCACAUUCCGAGGUUAUACGCACUUGACCAGGAAAGUGAAAUGUGAAUAUGAAGCUGUCUUCAAUGAGGAAUUCCGUUGGCCUCAUUAUGGACGAGACAUUAUUGAAGAGAUGCUGGAGAUUCGAGUUUAUAACCUCAGUAAACUCUUCAGCAAUAGGCUGUUGGGGCAACUACAGAUUAGUCUGCAACAGGUGGCAAAAACUGGUCAAUUAGUUCUAAAGGAAGCUCUUGUUGACAAAAAGAAUUCUCUGACUGAUAUAUUAGUGGAUUUGGAAGUCCGAUACCAGCCUGUGGAGGGAGUUGUGGGAACGUGGACUGAAAAUGACUUUGUGGUUGAUAUAAGCGACAGGGAAGCUCUUAUUAUUCAGAAUGAGGGCUAUCGAUCGCAUGAGUAUUCAGAACUGGAUAAAGAGGAUCAGUUGGAUAAAAAGACAAGAGCUCUUGGACGGAAUUUAGUGAACACUGAUAGCGCUGAAGAUGACGAUGAUGUCGAUAUUUCAGAAGUUGAUAUCAGUUCUGUCUCUUUCACUCCACAGAAAAGUCGCUGUAGGUUUUUCAGCCGGAUGGAACUGGAAACACCCGGAAUACAGAAUUUCCAGAUAACAAUCAAUGUUCUCGAGGCACGAAAAUUAAUUGGAGUCAACAUCGACCCAGUGAUUUAUGUGAAGGUGGGAGAUGAAAAGAAGCACACGGCAACUCAGAAGUCCACUAACUGCCCAUUUUAUAAUGAGUAUUUUGUUUUUGAAUUCCAAGAGCCACCAGCUGUCUUGUUUGAUAAAAUUAUUGAAAUUAAAGCUGUUCACGCAAAAAAAAUUCCAUUCACUGGAGUUCAGUUGGGAACAUUCAAGAUUGAUGCAGGGACUGUCCAUCAACAGCCUGAUCACAAGUUCUUCCAGAAAUGGGCAGCUCUAACUGACCCUAAAGAUACAAAAGGUGGCAUAAAAGGAUUUGUAAAGUGUACAAUUACUGUCAUGGGGAAAGGAGAUUUACAAGGCUGUCUCCCUGUCACUAAUAAGGAUGAAGAUAUUGAAAAGAAUCUUCUACUCCCAAAACAAAUGCCAGCUGAGAGACCCUGGGCCAGGUUCUUCAUCAAGGUUUAUAAGGCGGAGGAUCUCCCCAGCAUGAACUCAGGAAUAAUGGGGAGUUUUUCAAAAAUUCUUGGAGAACAUAAAGUUUUCAUUGAUCCUUAUGUUCAAGUUAGCUUUGCUGGGCAGCAGGGAGAGACAUCAGUGGAAAGCAACACAACAAAACCAGAAUGGAAUGAACAAAUCACUUUUGUUGAGAUGUUUCCACCACUUGCUCGACGUAUCAAAGUUCAAGUCAUUGAUGAUGCUAAAAUUAAUGAUAUUGCUGUCGCAACUCAUUUCAUCAGUUUGGAGCAAAUAUCUGAUGCUGGAAUUAAUGCUGGAUUCCACCCUACCUUUGGCCCAGCGUGGAUUUACCUCUACGGCUCACCUCAGAACUCACUGCUAAUGGAUGCUCACAAGGACAUGAAUGAGGGCCUAAGAGAGGGGAUAUUUUAUAGAGGCCGAAUACUUAUUGCAGUGACAGUGGAGGUUUACAGCUCAAUUUCAGCAAUUCACAGCACAAAAGACAAAAGUGCAAAGAGCGUAUUGAGCAAAUUCAAGCAGACAACAAAAAGCAAGAAAUCAAAAUCCAAGUCUAAGAUUAAAGAGGAGAGCAGCAGCCAGAAUGAAGGUGAAGAAGGUGCAAAUCUCCAAGAACAGCCAAGUACAGUGGAGGUGGAGGUUGAAGAAGUCCAUCCGGUCCCUGAGUUUAUUGCAGGUGAGAAGGAGGAAUUCCUGCUGUUUGCUUCAUUUUUUGAGGCAACCAUGAUUGACACUUCAGUGGGGUCACGCCCUGUCACGUUUGAAGUAUCCAUAGGUAACUAUGGAAAAUUGGUAGAAAUUGUCACAAAAAAGAAAAAAGAAGGGAAGGUGGAUGACAAUGAGGAGAAGAGAUCUCUACUGGACUCAAAAGAUUCAGAUGAUGAGCUAGAGAAUGCUGAAAUCAGUUUGCCUCCAAAACAAAACUCAAUUACACCACCUGCAAAAGCAGAGUAUACAGAAUUUGACAGGUCAUAUUGUUGUAUUCCGUAUCUGUAUGAGAAACCAUGUGUGUAUGUGUGGAGUUCUUGGGAAGACUAUUCCUGGCGCUUGUAUAAUUCCAAUCUCCUUGCAAAGAUAGCAGAAAGGCUGGAGGAUGGCCUUGAUGACGUGGUUCACAUGGUAAAGAGACCAAAGGCAGAAUCACACACUCAACUUCAACAAGUCUUGAAUGAGUUUGUUGCUGGAUGCAGGCAAUACCACAUCUACGCUGAAAAGAAAACUACAAGCAGGCCCAACUAUUUGGAUAGAUGUCGAAUUAAGUCCUUAAAGCAUAGUAUUAUUAUAUAUGCAAAACAGGCACUUAGAAUUAUAAAGAGAUUGAACAAGAAAAAUAUAAAGGACCAACUGAGUGAAACACAUAAACUACUGGAGAAAAUCAAAAAGCGAGUGGAGGAGCCACAAACACCAAUCCCAGAUGUCUUCAUCUGGAUGCUGAGCAAUGGCAAGCGUUUAGCGUAUGCACGUAUUCCUGCCCGACAGAUUCUGUACUCAGUGGCAGAGGAAGAGAAGGGAAAAGACUGUGGGAAAAUUCAGACCAUCAUCAUGAAGGCUCCAGGUGCACCCUUUGGGAAUAUUUUUGCGAAACUGGAGCUUUACAUGUGGCUGGGUGUUACAAAAUGCAUCAAAAGCAACUUGAGCAGUCUGCCUCAGGAGUUUGUUCCAGUUUAUGAAGAGGGUGCAAGGAGAACAGAAACUUCACUGCUGCCACCGAUCAAGCUCAACAGUGACUACAGUAGUUAUUUCCAGUUGCGAGCCCACAUGUAUCAAGCUCGAGGUGUUCUUGCAGCUGAUGAUACUGGAUUAUCCGACACUUUUGCAAGAGUUGUAUUUUCAACUCAAUGUCAAGCAACCAGGUAUCUGGAAGAAACACUUUCCCCAUUGUGGUCUGAGAUGUUGCUGUUUGAUCAAAUCCUGUUAGAAGGGAGUAAGGAUGAACUGAAAAAUGAUCCGCCCAUUAUCAUCAUCAAUAUCUUUGACUAUGACAGCUUGGGAAGCCCAGAGUUCCUAGGACGAGCUUUCGCAGCUCCCAGCGUUAAGCUGCAGGGUGAAAGUUAUGUGAAACCUUCAUUAAAGUUUCAUGACAUUUACAGAGGCCAGACAAUGGGUGGUGAACUGCUCGCAGCUUUUGAACUGAUAGAAUUGGAUUACAGUGGCUUUGGAGAGCCAUCUCUCCCAGACGAUGUGGAAUCUAAGGAUCCAGAAUAUCUUGAUGAACAGAGGAAAUAUUUCAUUAUUCCCACAGGAAUUCGACCAAAGCUCAAGACAUUCAGAAUUGAGGUUUUGUUCUGGGGUCUGAGGGAACUGAAACGUGUAAAUCUUUUUGAAGUGGAGCAACCGCAGGUGACAAUAGAAUGUGCAGGUCAGAAAGUCGAGUCUGAAAUCGUUACAAAUUACAAGGAAAAUCCCAACUUUGAUGAACUUGUGAAGUAUUUUGAAGUGGAUCUCCCAGAGCAGAUGUACCUUCACCCACCACUCAGCAUCUUUGUAGUGGAACAGCGUGCAUUUGGGCGCACUAUCCUUGUGGGAUCCUAUACUGUCACAAGCCUGCAACAAUUUUCCCUGAAGGAAUUGGAGGAGCAUCCAGAACCGCAGGAUAAUAAUCUCAAAACCAAAAAAAAGGGACCCAUACGCCCAUUUUCUAAUGACAACAUGCGGGGUCAAAUCACCAUCUCUGUUGACCCAGAAGUGGCAUUACCUGAGAAUAAAAAACGACCUCUUGAUGUUCUGAAGACACCAAUGAAGAAGCUGCCACUGAAAACAAAAUUACUAAAAGAUGAACCGGAAGAAUAUGAGGAAAAGAUUGAGCCUGAAGAGCUGGAUUGGUGGUCAAAGUAUUAUGCGUCACUGGAGGAGAUGAAGGAAAAAGAACAUAAAGAUGAAGAAGAAGCUAAUGAACAAGAUGUUACUUAUCUUAAUAUGCCAACAUUUGAUGAGAUAGAAGAGGAAGUCAAUAGGACAGAUGAACAAGUGACCACACCAAUAAAGAAAGCCAUAGCAACGUUUCAGAUUUUCAACUCAGAGCUAGAGAUAGAAUUCUCUAACUUUGAAGAUUGGCUGUAUAUCUUCCCACUGUACCGAGGUAAAGCCAAUGGAAAUGAAUUUGGAGAUAAAGUUGAUGAUCGCAUGAUGGGCAAGUACAAGGGCUCCUUCCGAAUCUACCCAAAUGAUGAAGCAGAAGCUGAUUUUAAGAUAUUACAGGGUAUCCCAAAGAACAGACCAAUCAAAGUUCUUGUCAGGGUUUAUGUGGUGAAAGCAACUAAUCUUGCUCCCACUGAUUUAAAUGGAAAAUCCGAUCCAUACAUAGUUGUUAAAGUUGGUGAACAAGUCCAGGACAGUAAGGAGCGGUACGUCCCCAAACAACUAAACCCUGUCUUUGGAGAAGUUUUUGAAAUGACUGUUGCAUUCCCGAUGGAGACAGAGCUCACUGUUUCGAUAUUUGAUCACGAUAUGGUUGGAACAGAUGAUUUGAUUGGUGAAACUAAGCUAGAUCUAGAGAAUCGAUACUACAGUAAACAUCGAGCUCAGUGUGGAUUGCCAACGCAGUAUGAGGUACAAGGUUACAAUGCAUGGCGUGACUGCUUGAAGCCUUCCCAGAUCUUAACAAAACUGUGUAAAGAUUUACAACUAUCAGAACCUGAAUACAGGUCUGGGGAAGUGAAAGUGAACAAUAAAAUAUUCAAGAUUCCCAGUGACACACAACCAAUGGGGAGCAACAAGAAAGGAUCAAAUCCCAUGAUGACAGAUGAGCAGAAGGCUCUGUACGUCUUAAAGCACUGGGAGGAAAUGCCAGAAUAUGGUGUGAAACUGGUACCUGAACACAUAGAAAUCCGGACUCUUCAGAAAGCUGAAAAUCCAGGGAUGUCAAAGGGCCAAGUUCACAUGUGGGUUGAUUUGUUUCCUGUUGACCUACCUGCACCUCCUCCAGUCAAUAUUAAACCCCGGCAACCAAUCAGUUAUGAACUAAGAGUCAUUAUCUGGAAUACAGACGAUGUGGCGCUUGAUGACGUGAAUCCUCUGACAGGAGACCGAUCCAGUGACAUCUAUGUCAAAGGAUGGCUAAAGGGUUUGGAAGAUGAUAAACAAGAGACUGAUGUACACUUUAAUUCUCUGACUGGAGAAGGAAAUUUCAACUGGCGAUUUGUCUUCCGUUUUGACUACUUGCCAACAGAGAAGGAGAUUGUUUAUAAGAAGAAAGAGUCAAUCUUUUCUUUGGAGGAGUCUGAGUUUCGACAGCCUGCUGUUCUCAUGCUCCAGCUUUGGGAUUAUGACUUGAUUUCUGCGAAUGACUUUCUUGGUUCUAUUGAAUUGAAGCUGUAUGAUAUGGUCCGAGGAGCAAAGACAGCAAAACAAUGUACCAUCAAGAUGGCAAAAGAAAAAGCAGGUCCACGCACUUCCAUCAUAAGAAGUAAACGGAUGAGAGGAUGGUGGCCAUUGAUCAAAGUGAAAGAGGUAGAAGAUGAGGAGGAAGAGGAAGAAAGCAAAAAAAAGAAGAAAAAGAAGAAAAAGAAGAAAGUUAAUAUUGAAGAUGUUGAGUUUACUGACAAUUCUAACAACACUUACAUCCUUCGGGGUAAAUUAGAGGCUGAAAUGCAUUUGCUGACUGUAGAGGAAGCUGAAAAACGCCCUGUUGGCCUUGGACGGAAGGAACCAGAACCACUUGAGAAGCCCAAUCGACCGAAUACAUCCUUUAACUGGUUCAUGAAUCCUUUGAAAUCCUUUGUCUUCUUUAUCUGGAAGAACUACAAGUGGUAUAUCAUUGGUCUGCUGGUCAUAGCCAUCCUGGCUCUCUUUAUCUUUCUCAUCCUUUACACAAUGCCACAAUUUAUUAGUGAGAAGAUCAUCAAUGGCUGAUACUUUCAUCAAACACAACCCGUGCAGAUUGAUAAUACCCUCACAAUGACAGCUCCAACACGGCGACAAUACUAAAAUAGUGAUAACACCAACACAGUAUCAACUCCAGCAAAGCAGCAGUACCAUCAACAUGGUGACAACUCCAACACAGCAACAAAUUGAAUAUGGUGACAUCUGCAACAGAGUGAUUAAAUCCAACACAAUAAUAACUACGACAUGGUACCAAGUGCAAUGGUGUGAGAGCUCCAAUGGAGUGAAACCUUUGGGCUGUGUGUAUUAAGCAGCUGUUUUAGGAUAGCUGUACCUUUCAACUGGAACUACCUUUUGUUGAGGUUUUCUUUGCAAAUGUUAUAACAGAUGUAGUGGCUGGCUAUUGGGUAAAGAAAGCUGAGGAAAGCAUUUACUGUCAGUGUUCUUUAACUGUUCAUUUUGAUGCAAUAGGAAAGUGUUCCCAACUAUGGACAUUGUCUGCAGAAAGGUACAUAGAACAUAGAACAUUACAGCACAGUACAGGCCGUUCGGCCCUCGAUGUUGUGCCGACCUGUCAUACCGAUCUCAAGCCCAUCUAACCUACACUAUUCCAUGUACAUCCAUAUGCUUAUCCAAUGAUGACUUAAAUGUACCUAAAGUUGGCGAAUCUACUACCAUUGCAGGCAAAGCAUUCCAUUCCCUUACUACUCUCGGAGUAAAGAGACUACCUCUGACACCUGUCCUAUAUCUUUCACCCCUCAAUUUAAGGCUAUAGGUAGGUAAGGAGCCUACAGCAAAUCUUUGUCCAUUAAUAUUUGGAUCCCUCCAGCAGUUGCCGGAGGCUCAAAGACUAACAUCCUAGAGCUGGAAAAAUUUUGAAUCUUCCUUACAGUCCUCCAGAUGGCAAUACCUCCCAGCAUCAGCAGAGAUCCCAGAACAAGCUCUAAUGCAGUUGUGUUCAAAUUCUUCCUGAAUUUCCAACUGUUUUUAAUAUCAUGAAUUAAAGUUGUAUACCAGGAAGGUUAUCAUAUCAGGUGCAUUUGCAAUCUACUUCUAGUGCAUUCCAGACAUCUGUUUACCACACAUAUUGGAAUCCACAGGAAAUUGUGGACAAGUGCAGUGAGACUGAAACCUUUCAUGUGUCUUUGCCUUUUUUUGUAUUCACUGCACCAGGGAAACAGUUAUAUCUCAGUCAUAGCAUGCCGGUGUCAUCUAGCAGCAAGCAUUACAUGAUCAGGGCCUUGUCUACAGCAAUGCUCUUGGAAUGGGAAUUUAACAGUUGAAACAGUGGAAAAUGAAAAUGACAUUGAAAAGGAUAGCAAGCCAAAUGUUUAACUCUGGCACUGUCUCACUACAGAGAGAGGUGAAGCUCUUCUCGUAAAUCUUUGUGGGCAUAAUCGAAAGGAACUGGUAGAUUACUCAGCUUUGGUUGAUCACGAAUGAAGAAUAAGAUCAAGGGCUCUGAUUCUCUCAAUAUUUUUUCAAAUCAAGAGCAAAAUACUUUCCACUGCAUUAAGCCUACAUUAAAAUGAACGAGGGGGUCUUAAAUAGAAAUCUGUAAAAUUCUGAGAAAUAGAAUGAAUGGAGGAAUGGUGUUCUUGAUGACUGGAGUGUCCAGAACCAGGGUCACAGUCUCAGGCUGAGUGCAGACCAUUUAGGACAUAAAUAAGGAGAAAUUCCUUCAGCCAGAGGAGUGAGCCUUUGGAAUUUGCUAUCACAGAAAGCAGUUGAGACCAAAACAUUGAAUGUGUUCAAGGAGUUAGAUACGGUUCUGAGGGCUGAAGGCAUCAAAGGAUAGAAAGAUAAAGCUAGAACAACAUUCUGAGUUCUACAGUCAUGAUGAAUGAUGGUGGGCUGAAGGGCCAAAUGACCUACUCCUCCUCCUCCUCUUUUCUGUGUUUCACUACUGUGCAAUGAUUUGAAAUUCUUUUAAAGAGAUUGAAUCCAGUCCAAGUACUUCACUCUUUCUUACACACCAUGAAUUAAAACAGUGAAGUGUGGUAUUAGUACUGUGUUUGAGCACUCACUGUAUUUGUUCACAAUCUGUAAAGUUACUACUGAAGAUUUCUUUGUAUUUGAAUAAUUAAUUGGAGGCAGCUUAGUGUGAUGUGAGCAACAGCUGAUUUUUCUCCAACAAGCAAAUGAAACAGAGUUUUGUAGACAGCAGCAAAAGCUUUGUUUGAGUGUAACAUGGAGUUGUGACCUUAAAAUAUCCAACACAAUGAUGUGAUAACUGAGAUAAAAUUCAAAAACAAUUGUAGCUCAGGGCACUAAAAACACUUCUUGACCCAAUAAAAAUUAAUGCUCUUUCCAAUAUGGCAGAUCAGAGGUGAUUUUUAUAUUUCACAGAAGUUCGUAAAUUUGGUCUGCAUUGUUAGAUUUUUAAAAAUAUAUUUUAAGUAUAAACUGUAUUGAAUUAUGAACAGCUGUAUUCAUCCGAUUUGCUGAAUUUUGUUGGAAGUUGUAAUGUCAUGUCUCAUAUCUAGCAUAUAUAUUCAUUUUACUAGUGCAAAGACUUAGAUGUAUUUGAUCAGAUACAUUCGUUAAAAACCUUUUAUGCUGAUUUUAUGUUUAACUGUUAUUUAUCUCAAGUUAUAUCAAAUAUGUGCAAAAUGGCAUAAUACAAUUCAGAUAUAACUCAUUUAAGGCUUUUGAGAUUUAGGACAGGAUUGUCAAGGUAAAUACUUGAAAGUGGAGGCUCUGUAUGCUUUAAUAACAACUCACUCCUGGAACUGAACUAAGCACAGAAUUAAAUGCUGUUUUGUGAGAGGUGCAAGUAAUUUCCAAUCAUUUGGACUCUGCAGCAAAUAGCAUUCUAAUUGCCCUCUGCAACUGGUUUACAGGCUACAAACUACCGCACAAGUUGUGUACCGUCAGAAAUAGGAGCAGAACCAGACUGGUCCUCUGAUCGUGCCCUGACAUUCAGUAAGAUCACAACUGAUCUUCCUCAAGUCGAGUUCCUAGUUGUUCCCAGAGUGCCUCAAGUCACUGAGUGAUCAUAAAUCUAUUCAUCUCAGUCUUGAAUAUUCUCCAAAAUGAAGUAUCCACAAUGCUCUGACAGUGGAGAACUUGAGAGCUGAUCUCUGAAUGAAGAAAUUUCGCCACAUCUCAAACUGGUUGACUUCUGAUGCUAAGGCUGUGUCUGCAUUUUAGAUUCACUAGCUGGAGAAAACAACUUAGGAUCUACCUUAUUGGGACUGCCUUACUUUUAAUUCUCAUGCUAUAAUAGAUUCUACCAUUUGCCUUCCUUAUUAUUUGCCGUAAUUUUUACAACCAAGUCCAGAGGAGUGGAUAAGUUUCUAUUUUCACACUGGAGGGUGGUAUAUGUUUUAAAUUUUGAAGAAUAUGUUUUCUUUUCGAUUUAAUGUGAAAAGCUAUGAAAUAAUGUUCUCACUACUAAAGGGGAAAAUAAACCUCAUUUGCUCAGUAUCCUUGAAGUGAUUAAGGUCCAGUCUAUACCUAAUGUUUAAAAUAGUACAGAAACUGGUUUUAUGGUAAAUAAAUAAAAAAACUAAAAUAAAUGUUAAUUAAAAUACAGUAGGGAUGGCAGAACACGUGGUGUGUCACAGUUGCAUCAUGUGGAAGAUCAAGGCUAUCAGUGUGAUCCAAUGCAAAUACAUCUGCAGUAUUGUUUAUAGCUAAAAAAUUUUUCACUCAGUCAUUGAGCUGGAAGCCAAGCUGCAGUCACCAACACAUCAAGAAGGGGGAAAGGAUAUUUUGCAUGAGGUGGUGAUCAUACCCCUCAGGACAAGGUCUUCUGAUUUGAUAGUAAUCAGGGACAGAAAAAUAUGAAUGUAGCUAAGGGGUUAAAG